GGAUUUAGUUUUUGAUUUUUAGUUGCAAUCGGGGGUGAGGAAUCUUUUGGUUUCGAGUGGAAAGUUUUACUGCUUUAGGAAAAUUUUAUAAUUUGGAAAUCCGAUUCCAAGGUUCGAGAAUCAAGCAGCAAUGGCGGAGAUGAGCAAAUGUUUCCAUUUCCAGUAUCUCUAAUGCUUGAACUUCAGGGAAAGAGACUAUGAAGCAGCCUCUUUGCUGCAUAUCUCACGAGUUUCAAAGGGUUGCACUAUCUCAUCCUGGAAAAAUAGCUGUAAUUCAUGCCUCCGGUGGAGUUCAACUUUUCCGCCAGUUACACGGCGCCGGCGGAGGCGGCGAAGCUGAUGAUUUCUUCCAGGGGCGCGCCACAUCCUCUUUUCCUCCCAUGUACGAAGCCGACCGGUGCUUCACUUACUCGCAGCUGUUGGCCUCCGUUGAUUCUCUCAGCUCCCGCCUUCUUGCAACCGUUCGCGGUCCUCAAUUAAACGCGCCUACUGCUCCUCGACCAGCGAAUGAUCAGCCGGCAAAGACUAGUCCAGUGGCUAGUGAAUUGUCUGAAGCAUCAACUGAGCUUGAGAGCAGCAAUAUACCGAAAAUAUUUGGAAUAUAUAUGCCUCCUUCAGUUGAAUACAUAAUUUCUGUUCUUUCUGUACUGAGAUGCGGAGGGGCUUUUAUGCCGUUAGAUCCUGCAUGGCCUAAAAGGAGGAUUCUGUCAGUUGUUUCUUCAUUGAAAAUUGAUCUUAUUAUCUACUCUGGGUCUUCAUUUUGUGUAGAUGGGUAUCAUGUGACUGAGGGAUUUCGUUGGCUCGAGGAAAUCAGUGGUUAUUCAACCCUUUGUUUUAAUAUGGAAGAAAGUUCUGUUCGAGAGCAUAAUAGUGCAGUUGAUUUAGUUUUUCCUUGUGAGGAUGAGAAAGCGAGGUUGUUUUGUUAUGUUAUGUAUACAUCUGGAUCUACUGGAAAGCCUAAAGGCAUAUGUGGCACCGAACAAGGUCUUCUAAAUCGCUUUCAAUGGAUGCAAGAAAAUUUUCCUUCAACCAGAGAGGAACUUUUAUUAUUCAAGACAUCAAUUAGCUUUAUUGAUCACAUUCAAGAAUUUCUUAGUGCCAUAUUAACAGCUUCUGUCUUGGUUACACCUCCAAUGAAAGAGCUGAAAGAAAAUUUAUGUUCUGUUGUCAAUUUUAUUCAGGCGUAUUCUAUUAGUAAGCUUACUGCUGUUCCAUCACUAAUGAGGACGCUUCUUCCUGCAUUGCAAAGAUUCUGUGGGGUCAAAUGUUCCCUGAGAUUGUUAAUUCUGAGUGGUGAAACUCUGCCAAUACUGCUAUGGGAUGCACUUGUCAAGCUAUUACCAGAAACCACUAUUUUGAAUUUGUAUGGUAGUACAGAGGUAUCUGGUGAUUGUACAUAUUUCGAUUGCAAGAAAAUGCCAAUGAUUUUGGAGACAGACGCAAUCAAGACUGUUCCAAUUGGUGUGCCGAUUUCUCACUGUGAUGUUGUGGUUGUUGGUGACAAUGAUGCACUGAACCUGGGAGAACUAUGUGUUGGUGGUCCCUGUGUAUGCAGUGGAUAUUAUUCAGAUUCUGUUUUUCUCCCUUUGGAUGGUAUAAAGUUUUCUCAGGACUUUAUUCAUGAAGGUUCAUUCAAUGUAACGUGUAGUCAAAUUUAUAUCAGGACUGGUGAUUUUGUCCAACAGCUUCGAAGUGGUGACUUGGUGUUCUUGGGGAGAAAAGAUCGUAUUAUCAAAGUUAAUGGGCAACGUAUUUCUUUAGAAGAGAUUGAGGAUGCUUUAAGGGAACAUCCGGAUGUAGUAGAUGCAGCUGUUGUUUCCAGGAAAAGUGAUUGGGAACUUGAGUAUCUAGUGGCGUUUCUAGUUUUAAAAGAUAACGAGAAAAGUGAAGUAUUCAGAUCCACUGUCAGAAGUUGGAUGGUGGAAAAAGUUCCAUUGGCUAUGAUUCCAAAUAGCUUUUUCUUCACUGACUCAAUUCCUAUGACAACCAGUGGAAAAGUUGAUUAUGAGAUCUUGACACAUUCAAGACCUCUUUGGGAGCAGGUGCAUGAAAGUAUUGAUGAAACUUGGGCAAAUGAAUUCAUUCAAAUCAUAAAAAAGGCCUUUUCCGAUGCUUUAAUGGUUGAAGAGAUCUCCAGUGGUGACGACUUCUUUACAAUGGGUGGUAACUCUAUAACUGCAGCGCAUGUUUCACAUAGAUUAGGGAUAGAUAUGAGAUGGCUGUAUCACUAUCCAAGUCCAGCUAAGCUUCUUACGGUUAUUCUAGAGAAGAAAGGAUUGGAUAUCAUACGUAUCAAUGAGGAUGCUGACUCAAGAAGGAACCUGAAAACUGAUAGGUGGAACAAAUAUUCUUUGGAUGAUUCUGAGUUUCUGAACCAUUUUGAUCUUAAAGAGGGUGGGAGUUCUGGAAAAAGGAAACAAGUUCAACCAAAUGGUGAUUUUUCAAGGGCAGUUGUACCAAGGAAUAACAAUUCUUUAUUGUCGAAACACUAUAAGGCGGUUUCCGACUGUUCUAUCAAUUUGGAAAAUAUAAGUCAAGUUGGUGGACACCUGUGGCAUUCUCCUUUAACAUCUGUAUCAUGUGCAUUCAGUCGAUGCAACAAGGUUGUGUAUGAACGCAAGUAUAUUGGUGAUAAUAAACGUGCAGGAACUUUGUUGGUAAAGUCCCCAAGAGGUGAAAAUGGGUCUAUGAAAAAACUAUGGCAAGUUCAUAUGGAAUCUUGCGUGGAUGCUUCACCACUUCUUGUGUUUAAACACCCCAAUAUCUACUUGUUUAUUGGUUCUCACUCACAUAAGUUUGUCUGCGUGGAUGCAAAAAAUGCUUCUCUUCGUUGGGAGAUACGGCUAGAAGGAAGAAUUGAAUGUUCCGCAGCAAUUGUUGGGGACUUUUCUCAGGUUGUUGUCGGAUGCUACAAAGGGAAUAUAUAUUUUCUCGAGUUUUCCACUGGCGUUAUCCUAUGGACAUUCCAAACAUAUGGUGAGGUAAAGUCGCAGCCAGUGGUUGACCCAGAUAGAAAUUUGAUCUGGUGUGGAUCGUAUGACCAUAACUUAUAUGCACUUGACUACGUGAGGCAUUCUUGUGUUUAUAAACUUCCAUGUGGAGGAAGUUUAUAUGGAUCACCUGCAAUUGAUGGGGUUCAACAUAGACUUUAUGUGGCUUCAACCGGUGGACGAAUAAGUGCUCUAUUGAUAAAGGAUUUCCCUUUCAAUUCUUUGUGGCAUUAUGAUUUAGAAGCGCCAGUCUUUGGGUCCCUUGCAAUUGAUCCAGUUACUAGAAAUGUUAUUUGUUGCCUGGUGGAUGGCCAUGUUGUUGCGUUGGAUUCAAGUGGAUCUGUUUCAUGGAAGACGCAGAUGUGCAAAGAAGAGAAUAUGGAUAGUCCUUCGGACUAGCACAAAAGUCAAUCAAAGAAGAAUUCACUCAUAAACGAGGAUUCAAGAAUCAUUAAUUAACGAGAACGAAAGAAGCUCAAAACAAAAUUCAUCUGCUAGAUUUCAGAUUAAUCAAACAAAGGUCCAGGUGAUUUAUCUGUAGGAUUAUCCAUUAGAAUAAGGAGAGCUGAAAAGAAUAUAAUAAAGGAACGCAACUUUUCAUGAAAAAUCAGUCAAAAUUUCUCUCUUUUCAUUAAAUAGAAAUAUUCGAAAAAGAAAAGCGGUCACGCAUAUUUCAUUGCGCCUUCAGACGAGAAAAGGCAAUUCAAGAAUCAAGCCUAGGACAGGUAAAAGAAAUUCAAUGUUCACACUUCUAAUGGAUAGUCCUCCAGUCUUCAUACUCCUAACUACGGGAUAAAGACAGGUCUAUUCUUGCCUUCUAAUGGAUAGUCCUCCGUUUUAGAGUCCUACGGAUAAAUCCUCCAGACUGGAUCUUCUCUCAUCAAAUUUCAUUGUCCUUGUUUAUCCACUAAAAAAUAGACGAUGAAAAGAUCUCAUGAGAGUAGCCGGACUGUGGAGACAAAGAGGUAUCCCCCAGAAGGAAGUGUGGUAUUCAAUUCCCUUUUAUUCAAGAAAAGCAAGAAAGCCUAUGGUUGGUACUCUAAGUCUCAUUCAUCAGAAAGAGUUGGGGGCGCGCGACCUGAAAGGAAUCCAAGUCUACUAGUAAAAGGAAAUAGCCCAACCUAAAUCAAACUACAAAAUAAAAGAGAAAUAAGUUCCUAAUUUGGCAAUUUCAAAACUAUCCCCAACUUUUAAUAAUUUACUAUAAAAUCCAACACUUAUAUUCAUUUUCUUUUUGUGUAUUGUAAAUUUUGUGUAAAACCCUUCAUUAUAUGCUCAUCAACAAAACUAUCU